AUGUCUUCAAAAGUUUUUAGUUCAUUGAUGGCCGAGAGCAUUUUGCUCUCCAAAGCCGCUCAGAUCAUAUCGGGAUAUUCCCCUAUAACCAUAUUUCUUCUGGCAGCGAUCAUAAUAUUUCUAGUGGUCUAUAAUAAGAGACGCGCGCGUUGGGUGAAAUAUAUCGAAAAAAUACCAGGACCUGCCGCUCUGCCCUUUUUGGGAAAUGCAAUCGAAAUGAAUGUGGAUCAUGAUGAGCUAUUCAAUCGAGUCAUAGGCAUGCAGAAGCUUUGGGGCACACGCAUUGGCAUCAACCGCGUCUGGCAGGGCACCUCGCCGCGCGUGCUGCUCUUCGAGCCGGAAACCGUGGAGCCCAUACUGAACAGUCAAAAGUUUGUGAACAAGAGUCACGACUACGACUAUCUGCAUCCCUGGCUGGGCACAGGUCUGCUGACCAGCACAGAUCGCAAAUGGCAUUCCCGCAGAAAGAUUCUGACGCCCGCCUUCCAUUUCAAAAUCUUGGAUGAUUUCAUUGAUGUUUUCAACGAGCAAAGCGCCGUCUUGGCUCGCAAACUGGCCGUGGAGCUGGGCAGCGAGGCGUUCAACAUAUUUCCCUACGUUACACUCUGCACUUUGGACAUUGUGUGCGAAACUGCCAUGGGUCGCAAAAUCUAUGCACAGAGCAACAGCGAGUCGGAGUACGUGAAGGCGGUCUAUGGCAUUGGCUCCAUUGUGCAGAGUCGCCAGGCCAAGAUCUGGCUGCAAAGCGAUUUGCUUUUCCGCCUCACCGAGGAUUACAAGACUCAUCAGAGCUAUAUUAAUACGCUCCAUGGCUUCUCCAAUAUGGUGAUACGUGAGCGCAAAGCGGAGUUGGCUAACAACAACAAUAACAACAACAACAACGAAAUGCCCGACGCGUACGAUGAUCUGGGCAAAAAGAAGCGCUUGGCAUUCCUCGAUCUGCUGAUUGACGCAUCCAAGGAGGGCACAGUCCUAUCCAAUGAGGAUAUACGUGAGGAGGUGGAUACAUUUAUGUUUGAGGGUCAUGACACCACCUCCGCCGCCAUUUCGUGGACAUUGUUUUUGUUGGGCGCCAAUCCCGAGUACCAGGAGCGCGUUGUCGAGGAGCUGGAGUCCAUAUUCGGCAAUGACACAGAGACGCCGGCCACAAUGAAGAAUCUGCUCGACAUGCGUUACUUGGAGUGCUGCAUCAAAGAUGCCCUCCGGCUGUUUCCCAGCGUACCCAUGAUGGCGCGUAUGGUGGGCGAGGAUGUAACCAUUGGUGGCAAACUGGUGCCCGCUGGCACUCAAGCAAUCAUCAUGACCUAUGCGCUGCAUCGCAAUCCGCGCGUCUUCCCCAAACCCGAGCAGUUCAAUCCUGACAACUUCUUGCCCGAAAACUGCGCUGGUCGCCAUCCGUUCGCCUAUAUACCCUUCAGCGCUGGUCCGCGCAAUUGCAUCGGGCAGAAGUUCGCCAUUUUGGAGGAGAAGGCUGUCAUCUCGACAGUGUUGCGCAAAUAUAAGGUCGAGUCUGUCGAUCGCCGCGAAGACCUGACGCUGCUCGGCGAACUGAUUCUGCGACCCAAGGAUGGCCUCCGAGUAAAGAUCACUCCUCGCCACUAAGGCGAUAACUUAGCCAAAGUAUUUUAACUUGUAUAUAUUUAGUUAGGGUUGAUUCUUAAGUAAAAAUAUGCUAAAUUAGCGAGCUCCAUUGCCCCUGAACUUCUAACUCAGUGAACUUAUUGUUUAGUAUGUAAUUGUAUUAUGAAUAAACAAAUACUUAAUCAAAAGA